AUGGCAUUCCCCUGUAUUUCUGCAUCAGAGAAUGAUGCUAUGGAAAGUUCUUUAGUGUCAGGGAUGUCAGAGAUUUGUGGGCAGAAUUUUGGAUUCAGUAAUAUUUGUUUCUCAGAGUCAUGCUCUAUGUGGGGUGAUGAUGUUCAAAAGAUUUUAGACCUGCAUUCGGUCCAUGAUUAUUUUCUUUUGAGGAUGGGGAAGAGACGAAAUGGGGAAGCAGAUUUGGUGGUGUUCUGGCACAAAGGAUCUGAUUCUAAAAAGGAACUAGAACACCCACAUUCAGAGAGUACAAUUUUCUCUGAGAUGGUUAGUUUUGUGGAUCAGUCUGGGGCAAAAUAUGCAGUUCUAUAUCUCUCAGACCCCAUUAAAUCAAUCCAAUAUCCUUCUCAUUGA